AUGGAUGACAUCAGUUGGGUUCAGGGAUUCUCAAGCAAGAACUUUGGCUUUAUCAACAAUCAAACUGUCUGCUACCCUUGUGGUAAUUACGUCCUCUUCCUGGACAUCGAAACGAAGAAGACGAGAGCUCUGCAGUGUCAGAAUGGCCAGGUGGGAGCCUUUGCAGCCAAUGGCAACAGUCAAGUGCUGGCCUUUUCCAACAGGAAGCUGAACCCCAUCAUAUACAUCUACAGUUUUCCAGGGCUGAGUAAACUGACAGAAUUAAAAGGUAAAGUGCAGCUGGACUACACCUUACUUGCUUUCAGUUUCACAGGCCCUUAUCUAGCCAGUUACUCUUCCGUCCCAGAAUUUGUUCUUUCAGUAUGGAACUGGCAAGAAAAUCUCCUCCUGUGCAGCAAGUCUCAGCCGGGGAUAACAGCGACCUCUUUGAGUUUUAACCCUAUGAAUUGGCAGCAACUGUGCUUUGUUAAUGAGAGCUCUGUUACCAUCUGGCAUAUUGAAAGGAAUAAUGAUGAGCAUUACCUUAAGCAACACCCUGUAGAACUUCCUGAUGAACAAGGGUCUGUGAGUCCUCACAAGGAUCUGUUUUUCCCAGAUUCUCAUAGUGAAGAUCCAUACCAUGGCCCUGAUUUGCCAGUUUCAGCCAUUGCUGGACUGGUAGGAGAUGAAGCAGAAACAUUCGUGCCUAGAAAUUUUGUCAAGACUUCAGUGCACCCCACUGCUCACUGCUGGACUGCAGGCUCCAAAAUAUACAUGGGCUGUAAAGAAGGAUACAUUUUGGCAAUGGAUGCUGAGAAACACAGUGUUUCUGUUCUUCAACAAAAACUUCUACCUGGUGACAAAGCAAAGGAUCUGCAAAAUCCAGUGUUAUUUGCCAUGGCAUUUUGUAAUGAGGGACUAUAUGCAGCUGGAAGUGGAGGCAUUUUGUUCUCUUAUCACAUCAAAGAUCUCCAGUAUGAGAUUAAAAUCUGCACUGAUAUCUCACAACCCAUAUCCAGCCUCAUAUUCUCUCCUGAUUACACCAUUCUUCUGCUUGUCACUAACCAGGGGACAGUCUAUAGUUACAAACCUGCCCAGACUGGAGAAGCUGUCAAAAUCUUGGACACAUGCAGCAGUUGUUUUCUGGCAGCUGAUUUUCUUACUCCAGGGAACGAGUACUGUGUGUCUGUAACAAUUUCAGGUGAAGUACAAGUUUGGUUCCUGGAAGAUGGAACUUGCCUCAGCAAGCUGAACCUUGAAACUGAGGCAACUGCUAUGGCUUGCUGUCCCUCUUCCAGCAGUGUUGCUGUAGGGACUGAAAGAGGUCAAAUCUAUUUCCUUGAUGUUACCAAAGUUGAAGGUCCACGGGUUGUUCACAGAAUUUUUCUUUCCACAUUUCCAGUGCUGUCUUUGCAUUAUGAUCAGUGUGGUCAGUUCCUCAUCGUUAGAGCUACAGAAGGACAUAUCUUUAUUCUAGAUGCUCGGCCAUCAAAAUUAUUCCAAGUUCUUGGAUAUAUAGUGUUGGCAGAUGAAGUGCUCAAUCUUUCUGUAGUUUCUGACUUCAAGAAUGACUUAGUGGAAGUGAUGGCACUUCUUAAUGUACCAGAGGUCCAACAAGCAAGACUGGAAAUUUUUUGUCUCUCUUCAGCAAUCGCAACAGAAAAUUCUAAGUAUGUGAAUGAAAAAGGAAUGCUUAAUGCUAGUGCCCUUAAAAAGAAGCAGUAUGAUCUGGAUUACCCUUUGAGCUCAGCAGUCAGAUUGAAGGAUAAUAUUGUGUAUGGCUACUGUACCUGUGCACCUUUCAUCUGUAAAUACCAUCUCUCUGAAGAGAACAUGUUGGAAGAUACAUCAGUAUUUUUAUCAGAAAAGAGGACUCCUAGCAAGCAGUUUGGGCCAGGUUUCCUGUGUUUAUCACCCAACAGCCAGUGGCUGGCAGCAGCAGCAAAGGAUGGUGUUUUGUUUAUCUACCACACUGUUACUAUGGAUAUACUUGCUCAAAAGCAUUGCCACUCAUAUCAAGGAGGGGGAAUCAGAUCCAUGGUAUUUUCCCUGGAUGGCAAAUUCAUCCUUGUUAGUGGUGAAAAUGAUGGUGCCCUGGUGUGUCUGAAAUGGAAGAAGAUAAAGGAAACUGAAGUUAAUGAAGCUGCUUUUUACUAUCAAUCUCUUCUUGAUAUACUGAACCAGUCUACUUCAAAUGAAAAUGCAGUUUUAAAAUCUAUGGCAGAAUGGCAGUUUGACCCAGAAUCUACCUCAAAAUCACCUCCAGAAGAGAAAUUUAAGAUGAUUACAGAAGAGACUCAGAGGUUUGCUAACCAGAAGGAAGAGCUGCAAAUGGGAAUAAAAAGGCUGCGUAAAACUAUUCAGAAAAUGAUGCAUGAAAAUGAGAAGGUGCCAGACAUUGAGAAACUGGAGAAGCAGGAGUUUAACCUGGAUAUAGAAGAACAGGAAAGGCAGGCUGAACAAGAAGUGGCCAGGGUGAGGAAAGAGAUUGAGAUGGAGAUUUUAGCCAACUGGUAUUUGCAGGAUGCCAUCAGACGCGAGUGUUGGGAUGCUAUGUGUGUAAAAGGACGUGCAGUUAAGUGCUUCCAUAUGGAUUGUGAAGUGAAGAAUUAUCCACUGAAGGAACGUAGUAAAGAAGAACUGGAAACUCUGGAGAAAGUCCUCCAGUUAAAGCAGAUUGAGACAGCUGAUCUUGAGAUUAAGAAGAAAAAUCUUGAGAUCCAGUCUGAGACUGAGUUAUCUACGGAAGAAGGAGAGCAGGCAGCAGAAGCAGUGGCUGAUGAUGGUGCAUCUUACUGCCUAAUUGGAAGUCUGAGCGAUCUGUAUGGAGGAGACACAUCUGUCCUGUAUCACCAAUGUGACUUGCACACCAGAGAGCGGAGAGCCAAUCAGAUAGUGUUGUUGAAGGACAUCAUUUACAAGAUGAAAACUGCUUUUAAUAAGGAAUUUGACAUAGUUGCACGGCAAAAGGAGCAAGAGAUAGCACGAGUGAAAGAAAGAAACCUGAGGAUUCAAGAAAUCUUGGCACAACUUGACCUCCAAAUGGAAGUGUGGGAACCAGCUCUUACCGACAAUGAGAUACCAGAGCGAGCACUCACUGUGCAGGAUUCAGAGAUUAAAGCUGAGAAGUACUUGACUCAAGAGGAGAGAGAGAAAGCAGAAAUGCUGGCUAAGCUUGAAAUGGAAAGACAGCUUUCUAUCAAGGACAAUGAAAGACUGCGAGCUCUUGAUGGCAUGAUGGGUGGAGUGCUAGAAAUCAGAAAGGAAGACAUCUUGAAAAUGCAUGUUCCUCCACCUCCUUUUAUAUCCAAGCCUGAGGAUGUUUGGAAUGAAGAAGAAAAUAAAAUAUUUAGAGAAUAUGAGAAAAAAGUCAAGGAACUGAAUGAAGAAAAAGAAAAUUAUAAGCAGGCACUGGAAAAUGAAUUGAAGAAACUUGAAACUUCCAUCCAGGAAACAACACGAAAUUUUGAUGAGACUGUCUGCAAACUCUCUGAAAGGAAAUUGAAAUUAGAGAUGGUCAUCCACCAGGAAGAACUCAAAAUAGUCAAUCUCACUUAUGCUUUACUGCUGGAGGAAGAGCUGGACACUAGAGAAGCUAGACUUUGUAAUUUACUUAAGAAAAUGAAGAAUGAAAAAGUCAAGACUGCAGUAGAAAUCCAGACCACAAAACAUAAAAUUAAGGCUUACACAGACACCUAUAAAGAUGCAGUAGACAAAGAUAAGAAUCUGGAAUAUGGUUUUAGAAAAGAAUAUGCUGAUAUACCUGCCAAUCUCCGUGAUGAACUUUUCCAACUUUACAAGCAUCGACCAAAGAUUCCAGGGACAGAAACCCUCCUUGACACAGCUAACCCCUAUGGGAACUGUUCAGGCUCAGCUGAGGACUACAAAGAUGCAUUUCCCCUUUUAAUGAAAGCCAUGGAUGAACUGGAUAGGCCCAAGCACAUGCCUAAUGGCUUAGACCAAUCUAUAUGGGAACAUUUUUGUCUGGCUAGACGAACUAAGAUGGAGAGUGAGGAGCUGGUGAGAAGGAAGACCCUGAAGCUGGAAGAGAUGCAGGCCUUUCUCCAGGGAAGAAUGGAUGACAAUGAGAAGCUGAGGUCAAAAAUAGAGAACAUUUUCCAAGAACUCACUUGGCUGCAGGCGGAGAAGAAGAAACUUCAGCAGAAUUUCACUGUCCAGUUUUUGCUAAAACAAGGACAGGUGGAAUUGGAAAGUACUGAGAUCCCAGACUACACUGAUGCCAUUCUCAUUCAAAAGAGUGUUAUUGAGGAACUGAAUUGCUCUAUCAUGGCUCAAGGAGAAAAAAACAUUGCUGCCAGAGUAAAAUAUAAAGAAUUCUCUAAAGGGAUAUUUCAGCUGGAAUGGGAACACAAGAAAAUGAGAAUGCAGAUAGAAGAUCUGGAACAGAGGGCUCGGGAUAUUGUAACACUACCUAUUUCAAAAGAUUGCCUGCUAUUCCUAACUACGCAGGACUACCAAAGCCACAUUGCCCAGCGCAUUUCAACGAUGGAAAACACUCUUGAUGCCAUGGAUAAGUUCCACAAGAAGAAGGUGAAGAACCACCAGAAAAAAAUUAGAGAGCUGAAAAAGUCCAUCAGUUUAAAAGAGCAAGCAAACUAUGAGCUCAGUCUGAAGCUGAGGGAAAUGCUUGUGUCUGUCUCAGAACGGAGGCACAUCUUGGAGGCAGCAGACAUACGGCGUAGUUCUGAAGAGAUUGCAAAGCAGCACUGCCAGAAGAUUGUGAAGCAGAAACACCUACAGAGUCUUGCAAAGGAACAGGAAGAACAGUCUGAAAUUCUUCAGUCAGGAGUUCAAAGACUGAGAUCAAGAAAACUCCCUCCUCUUUAA